UCGACUCGAAACUGCAAACAAAAAAUGUCUUGUUUAAUUUGAUAAUCACAAGCUGCUAAUAUAAAAUAUGUCUUUGCAUGUUAUACUUUGGGGUUUAUUUGUGUUUACGACUGCUAAAGACCAAGACAGGUCUGGAAUAUGCAAUGUUUCAUGGGCGAAUAACCAAAUGAGAUUGGGUUGCUGUCUGGAUUUUCAGUUAGUCGACGGUAACUGCAAGCCUUGUAUUGGACGACACGGACCUAACUGUUCCUUACACUGUGAUUUUGGAUUCUUUGGAUUUGGAUGCCGUCAACUCUGUAACUGCUCAGACAGACAGGGGUGUGACCGACACACUGGCUGUUUUGAGGAACUUGGAGUGAAGUCUUCAAGUGACAAUCCAACUUAG